AUGGCGUCUGAAACGGAGCCGAUUUAUUGUUUAUGCAAAAAACCUUACGAUGAAACCCUUUUCAUGAUAGAAUGUGACGUAUGCAAAGAUUGGUUUCAUGGCAGUUGUGUUGGGGUUCAAGAACAUCAGGCAGCAGAUAUAGAAAUCUUCCAUUGUCCAAAUUGUCAAAAGAAACAUGGACCUUUAGUAUUAAAAAGUAGAAAGAAUUUUCACCGUCAUGAUUAUUCUGAAGAGAAUAGUGACUCUAAGGCUGUACAGACUGGCACUGUGGCUUUCAUCAAAGAGUUGAAAAAUAGAACAUUUUCUAGUGUGGAAGAAAUACCUAUAUUAAAACUACAGGGAAGUCAGUUAACUAAGUCUUAUUGUGAAAAACAUAAAUUUGAUACACCUAUAUUGAUAGAUAAAAAAGAUGGAUUAGGAUUAUGUGUUCCACCAUCAAAUUUUACAAUAAAUGAUGUAGAGACAUAUGUUGGAUCUAUGACAGAAAUAGAUGUUAUUGAUGUAUCAAGACAAGAGAAUUGUCAGAUGUUAAUGAGGGAAUGGACAGAUUAUUACAACUCACAUAAUAGAAGUAAAAUAUAUAAUGUCAUUAGUUUAGAGUUCUCUAAAACAAGAUUAUCAGAGUUAGUGAAACCCCCAACUAUAGUGAGUGAGAUGAGUUGGGCACAUAAUAUCUGGCCAACACAACUACCAGAAGAUAUGACAAUAGUUAGACCAGAAGUACAGAAAUAUUGUUUAAUGGGUGUUAGAGACAGUUUCACAGAUUUCCAUAUUGAUUUUGGUGGUACUUCAGUAUGGUACCAUGUUUUAAAGGGAGAAAAAGUAUUUUAUUUGAUACGACCUACACCAGCUAAUUUAAGUCUAUAUGAGAAUUGGCUGACAUCCACCAAUCAGAGUGAGACAUUUUUUGGUGAUCAGGUUGAUAAAUGUUAUAAAUGUCGUGUAAGAAUGGGACAGACAUUAUUUAUACCAACUGGUUGGAUUCAUGCUGUGUUUACACCCAUUGAUUCACUGGUAUUUGGGGGGAAUUAUUUACAUAGUUUAAAUAUACCAUUACAAUUACAUGCCUAUGAAAUUGAAAAGCGAGUAAACACACCAGAAAAAUACCUCUUCCCUUCCUAUGAAACAAUAAAUUGGUAUGCAGCAAGACAAUGUUUAGAGUUAUUAAAAGAUUUAAAUGAAGAUAGUAAAAAAGCACCUGAACAUCUUGUAACUGGAUCCAAGUCAUUAUGUCAGCAUUUACGAUCAUGGACACAGCGAAAAGAUUAUGUGAAAACUAUAAAACACGAGGUACCCGAAUAUAUACAGUAUGGAAAGUUGUUAAAAGAAUUAAAUAAAAUGGUGAAAUUAUUUGAAACACAGGUAACAAAACUAUUGGUCUGUAUUUUGUAUCAAAUCAUUUCUGUGUGGUUAUACUAUUGGGAAUUUUAA